CCCCUCCCCUCCAGGCCCUCCAGGGAACUCCGCCACCUCAGCGAUUUAGCCACCGCGACCAGCGUCCGUCUCACUAUAACCCCCCUACUCACCAUCAGCCAUCGCGUUUAGCUUGCCUCGGGGUUACGGUGGACGGCCAGGAAACAUGCAGAUGCCCGCUCGAAAGCCUCCGGGCGGCGGUCAAGUAUGGACGCUGCGGCCAGCGAAGAGUCCAGAUAACACGUAUACAUUUGGGAACUUGGUGGCGGUGUCGACGCAGGACUUCCCCCCGACGCGCGACGGAACCGAUCUCCUCCUGCUGGUCAAUGACCUCUACGUCUUCUCAGCGCGCCCGUUGGACGGGUUCCCGCCAGGCCAGAUGAGCAUGUCGGAUCCCCAGCGGACGUGGGCGAUGGUUGCCUUCACGGAUGCGGUCAAGGUGCAGAUCUACGAUCCAUUCAGCCAGGGCGGCCAGGCGUAUCUGGGCUCAACGGAUAUCGAGGUUGGAUUCGCGGGGAAGAAACGGGUCGAAACGCCGUACGAUCAGGAUGAGCUGGGAACCGCAGUGAUUAAAAACUUUGAGAACCAGAUUUUCGCCCCCGGACAGAAGAUCUUGAUGGACCACAAAAGCAUACCUCUUCUUCUGACAAUCAAGACCGUCCAGCGGGUUGAUUUGACGACAGAGAAGCCGGAUCUUUCUGCUGGGCGAGUCGACACCGAGCCCACUGCGAGAGGAAUCAUCACCAGACAUACUCAAAUCAACUUCUUCAAGGAUGCUCGCACGGGCAUCAAUGUCAAGGCUUCCAACCGCAGACCCGCUGCCAAUUCCAUUAUUCAACCGGACUUCAAGUUUGAGGAUAUGGGCAUCGGUGGCCUCGACUCUGAGUUCAGCACUAUCUUCCGUCGUGCGUUUGCAUCUCGUAUCUUCCCCCCGGGCUUGGUUGAGAAGCUGGGAAUCCAGCACGUGAAGGGUAUCCUGCUCUACGGUCCUCCGGGAACGGGUAAAACGCUGAUUGCGCGACAAAUCGGCAAAAUGUUGAAUGCCAGAGAGCCUAAGGUGAUCAACGGCCCGGAGGUGUUGAACAAGUACGUGGGUCAGUCGGAAGAGAACGUGCGAAAGCUCUUUGCCGACGCGGAGAAAGAGUACAAGGAGAAAGGCGAAGAAAGUGGGCUUCACAUCAUCAUCUUCGACGAGCUGGAUGCCGUCUGCAAGCAGCGUGGCAGUGGUGCGGCCGGGGGGACAGGUGUGGGUGACAGUGUGGUCAACCAGCUGCUGUCGAAGCUAGAUGGUGUUGACCAGCUCAACAACAUCCUGCUCAUCGGUAUGACCAACCGCAAGGACAUGAUUGAUGAAGCCUUGCUGCGGCCAGGUCGUCUAGAAGUGCACAUGGAGAUCUCUCUCCCAGAUGAGAAGGGCCGCGCCCAGAUUCUCAAGAUUCACACGCAGAGGAUGCGUGACAACAACGUGAUGGAUUCAGACGUCGAUCUAGGCGAGCUGGCCCUCGAGACGAAGAACUUUUCAGGUGCCGAGAUCGCUGGUCUGGUCAAGUCCGCCUCCUCGUUUGCCUUUUCUCGGCAUGUCAAGGUGGGCACAAUGGCCAACCUCAGUGACGACGUCGUCAACAUGAAGGUCAACCGGGCCGAUUUCCACCAUGCGUUGGACGAAGUCAAGCCGGCGUUUGGUGUGUCCGAGGAAGAGCUAUCGACCCGGAUCCAGUACGGCAUAAUCCACUAUUCACCCGUCGUCAACGAAAUCUUGAGGGAGGGCGAGCUGUUCGUGAAGCAAGUGGGCAGUGCCGACUCGACGCCCGUCUUCUCGGUCCUGCUUCAUGGGCCCCCGGGCAGCGGUAAAACGGCGCUGGCAGCUCGUAUCGCCAUCGACUCGGGCUUCCCCUUUAUCAAACUGAUCAGCCCAGAGGACAUGGUGGGCUUCAGUGAGAUGAUGAAGGUGCAGCACAUUAGCAAGAUCUUCGACGACGCAUACAAGAGCCGCACAAGUGUCGUGGUUGUUGACAACAUCGAGCGCAUCAUCGACUGGGUCCCGAUCGGCCCGCGGUUCAGCAACACCGUGCUGCAGACCCUGAUGGUCUUCCUGCGCAAGCAACCGACCAAGGGCCGGCGGCUGCUCAUCCUGGCCACCACUACGGAGCGCGCCAUCCUCAAGCAGCUUGAUUUCUACAACUCGUUUAAUUCAGACAUCAUGGUGCCCAACAUCACCUCCUAUGACGAACUCCGGUAUAUCCUCGAGCAGUGCGGUGCCUUCGAGCCCCAGGAGAUCGAGCAGGCGCUGCAGGGCAUCGGCAGCAUCACCGCCGAGGAUCGAUCCAUCGCCGUCGGCGUCAAGAAGAUCCUUCUGGGCAUCGAAACUGCCAAACAGGACCCAGAUAAAGUAGGACGCUUCGUCCGUGUGAUCAACCGGGCCAUUGAAGAGGAGCAUCUCUUCCAAUAAG